AUGAUGCUUGCUUUCACAUCACCCGGCGCAAAGUUGGAUAAUCAUUUUAACAAUGGUGGUGGACCACCAACACUUCGAAUUCAAGGUCAAUCGUGUCAUCGAAUUGGAAGUUUGUUACCACCGAAAGGUCAACCUUCUAAAUUUUCCCAACUUUAUAUUUAUGACACUAAAAACGAGGUCCAUAAUAGAAUACAAGGUCUAAGGGACACCAAAAACAUUAAUCCCUUGAUUGUACAUCAAUUGUCUGGAAUGCUUUAUGAACAUAACCCUCAUGCAAAAAAAUUUCAGAUGGCUAAACAAUGGUUAAGUGGCGGAAAUACUCAAAACGUGAAAUUGAGGUUAAUUUCUGAUAGAAUAACAGAUGGCCGAAUAUAUAAUCAACCAACUAUGUCAGAAGUUGCUACAUUAGUUGUUGGUGAUAUUGACACAAUUGAAAUGAGGGACAUAAUCAUGCAAACAAAAGGAGGGCAACUAUAA